AUGAAAAUUAAAACAAUACAAAAAGUAAAAUUUAAAAAACAUAAACUUGAGAAUGUGAUUAUAAAUAGUAAAAAUGUGUUAAUACAAUGUCUUAAAUGUAAAGAUUUACUUUAUGCAGAUUACAUGUUUAAGCAUCAAUGUUUUAUUGAUUUUAGAAGCAAUGAAAAAGAAAAAUCUAAAGUCAAAAAAAUACUAAACUUAAAAAAUAAUAAUUUUAAAAAAGAAGGCAUUAUUAUAAAUUCUCCAGCAUAUAAAGUUAAUGAAAAUACACUUAAUCCUAAUAAUAAUAGAAUAGAAAUAAAAGAUACUAAAAGUAUAAAAAAGACUAUUAAACAUAACUACAAAAAAACUUAUAAGAAGAAGCAAAGUUUUAUAGAAGAACAUAAUAAAACAAGUUUUACUAAUAAUUUUUAUCAGAAAACAGAAGAUUCUUUGCUAUCAAAUGAGGAAAAAGAGAAGUUUAAAAGCAUUGCUUAUUUAAAUUAUUUGUUAGAUAUAAAACCUGUAGUACAUUUUCAUUAUAAGAUGCCAAACAUGUAUAAGACGGUAAUUAGAACAAGAAAAAAGCAAGAGGAAUUAACUAGAAAUUGUACUUUUUAA